GCGAGCGUCGCGAAGUCAGUCGCGGUCCGAGCGGCCGACCCGUCAGUCCCGCCCUCGGUUCUUCGUCGCGUCUCGGUCAGUCUCCGUUCGUCGUUCGAGCGGUGAGUGUGUCAGCGCGUGUUGCGCACCGGCUAACUGUGGCGUACUGCGAGGUGAUGAUGGACGCGCCCGGCGGAGCGCGGGAGGCGCGCUUCGGGUCGCCGUACGGGAUGGGGCUGCUGGGCGAGGUGGACAUGUACGGGCGCGGCGGCGGCAGCGGGCUGCGCCAGGGCAUGCCGUGCCCGGGCCCGCGCGGCCAGAAGCGCCCGGCGGACCAGUGCUACGACGAGCGGCCCGCGCAGACCCUCGGCAUGGAGCACUGCCCGAUGCCCGACAUCUCCGACGACUACGCCUCGCUGCAGCCCAAGAAGUCCCCACCAUCCAACGGCAAGAAGACCAAGGGCCGCGUCAAGAUCAAGAUGGAGUACAUCGACAACAAGCUGCGGAGGUACACCACAUUCUCCAAGCGGAAGACAGGGAUUAUGAAGAAGGCAUACGAGCUUUCAACGCUAACGGGAACACAAGUGAUGUUGCUAGUCGCGUCGGAGACCGGCCACGUGUACACGUUUGCAACACGCAAGCUCCAGCCCAUGAUCACGUCGGACUCCGGCAAGCGGCUUAUCCAGACAUGCCUCAACUCGCCCGAUCCGCCACAGACCAGCGAGCAGCGCAUGGCAGCCACCGGCUUCGAGGAGACCGAGCUCACGUAUAACGUAGUCGACGACGAUAUGAAGGACGAGCCAGCCUCAUCCGGCGACAGCGGCGACGAGAGCGGCAGCGAGCCCGAGUCCCCCGCCGACAAGCACCGGGACUGGGCGCUCAGCAGGAGCCCCGAUGAACACAGGGAACCCCAAGCCUCAACAUCAUCAAUACCGCAAGAAGCAGACAGUAGCAAAUCCAGCGGACCCAUGACCAAAAUGAUGCCAAAGAUUGACCUCCCCGGCGGAGCAAUGCUGUACCACCCGGGGGUCUUAGCGCAAGUGGGGCUGGACGGUCUCGGGUCUAACCUGGGCUAUGCCAUGGGCUUGCCACACAGCUUCAUACUGGGGCUAGCAGGGCAGGGGCAGGAUGGUGCGCCAUCCUCAUCAUCAGCGCCAUCUAUGGGCCAACAGUUCAUCACGAUCCCGCUGUCGAUGGCGAUGGCGGCCGCCAACAACGGGCACGCCGGCGCCUCUAGCGACGACUCCAGCGAACUACAGGACCUGAGCACGGGCGCGAGGAAGUGACAGACAGAUGGUCUUCGCGAACUUUGGUGUGAACUGUUCACAGUUAUGAUGAAAUUUAAAUUGUUGUAGAUACUAUUCAUACAGGAUACCUUUUGAGAUGCCCUGUAUAAAGCCAAAGCUGGUAGAACUUAAAAAGCCGCACCUAAAUUGCCUCUAGUUUUACUUUUAAUAUGUUUAUACUCAAACAAUUACUCAAGCAUGUACAGCUAGGCUAUUCUGAAAUAUAUAUUAUCGUGGUCUCAUCGUUGACUGAUAUUCAUUUUGACUUUGGUUGAUGGAUUCAACGAUAAACCAAUGAUGAAUUCCUUACAGAAUAAUCUAGCUGGAAGGCAGAGGUGUAAAAGUGCACUUUUAGCAGUUCGCUUUGCAAGUUUUGUGGGAAUUUUGGAAACACCUAAACUUGCUUAUUUUGAAUGUAAUCCAAGCAAUAAAUGAAUUAAAUACCUACAUAAUCUUAGUCGCACGUACUUAUUUAGAUAACUUAUUAUAGACAAGAGAGGUAUUACCAAUACCUAAUCGUG